AAUAUUUAAAAUAUCAAACAAUAAAAUGUUUUUAAAACUUCUAUGUUUGUGUGUGUUUUCAACAUAUACUGCGUUAUCAUUGCAUUUAAAUUAUGAAAAUAUUGAAACUAAUAAUAAUGAAAGUAAUGAAAAUUCACAAAAAUUAUUGAUUAUAUUAGUCGAUGGCUUUCGUUGGGAUUACGCCACCCGAGCGUCUAAGGGCUUCUCAACAAUUGCCCGAAACGGUGUUAAAGCCCCGUAUGUAACGCCCAUAUAUCCGGCCAAUUCAUAUCCAAACUGGGCCUCAAUAGUCACGGGACGGUACGCGGAAAACCAUGGUUUCCUACAAAACUAUAUCUAUGACGCUGAACGUCACGACAUAUUUUUAAUGACUCCUAAUGUCAAUGCUUCACACGAGCACUGGUGGAACCAAUCGGAGCCAAUCUGGACAACGGCUGAAAAAAAUCACGUAUCAACUGCUAUGUAUCUAUGGGACGGAUGUCAAGUGCCUAUUGACGGUAUAAAACCUAACUAUUGUCUUGGAUAUCAUGCCGUUAGUGAAGACAUGGAAACGGCUAACAAUGAGACACGAGCUCAUCUCAAGACUAUUUUGGAUAACUUUGCUAAUAAUAAGCACAGACUGGCGCUCUUAUACCAUGAAUAUGUUGAUCAUAUAGGUCAUUCAUGGGGUCCCGAUACUAGCAAUGUAACCGAUGCUGUGAUUGGUAUCGACAAAAUACUACAGGAGCUCUACGAUGAGUUAAAGUCUAGAAAGUUAGAUAAUGAGGUAAAUGUUGUGAUAGUAUCGGAUCACGGGAUGGCACAGGAAGAUGGAUUCAAAAAAAUUCAUUUACAGCAAUACAUUGACUUCAAUGAUGUUGAGAUAUUUUUAGGCGGKUGGUCGGGAGGACAACUUACUGCCAAACCUGGCAAAGAGGAUACGAUUGUUAAUGAACUCAACAAACUUGAAGGCAUUAAAGUCUACAAACGAGAUGACAUUCCCGAUGAGUUUCAUUAUAAACACAAUAAAAAUGUAUUACCAAUACUGUUAACCGUAGAAAUGGGAUAUGAAAUAGCAGUUCCAAGCUCACCGGGAAAGGUAUACCCAGGUGGCGAAACACAUAUAGCACCUGAUCCACCAUCGGGUGGCAAUCAUGGUUAUGAUAGACAUAUUAAGGAUAUGCGAGGUAUAAUGUAUGCAUUUGGACCGGCAUUGAAAAAUAAUUAUCUAUCGGAACCGUUAGAAAUGGUUGAUCACUACAAUCUGUUUUGUCAUAUACUCGGUAUAACUCCAUUACCUAAUAAUGGAACCGAUAGUAAGGUUACAAAAAUGUUAAAAUAA